AGCGUUUGUGGAAAAAGUGCUGAGGAGGCUUUUCCCUAGUGUUCCCUGUGGCCAAGAAAAGAGCGCACCCGUGACACCGGCUUCCGACAGAGCAGCCGGAAGAGUGACCGCUGAGGAGGUCCCCACGCUGACAGGUUUGGAAGUGCAGCCUGGGGAGCAGAGUCCAGAACGUUGUCAUCCUGUGUGUGGGGCCAGAUGUUGACUGCACUGCUUACGGGAACACUGCAGGGCACGUCCAGUCAGUAUGUGGCGUGAAACUAACGCACCUCUGUGUGUCAGCUGUGCGUGAGUUAAAGGUUUCUGCCACCCAGUGUUGGCAAGAGCAUGGGAGAAACCAGCGAUCCUGUAGCUGCCUUUCUGGACCGUGCGUCUCAGAAGCCAGCGGAAGAUGAGGACGCCAAGGCCCCCCCGCGAAGGCGGUUCUACACGGCGAGUUUGCCUCCUGAGGGGUACGUCCCCGCUCCGCCAGAGCCGCAGGGCAGCCCGGCCUCGGAGGACACCGCGGGCAGCGAUGAUGCGGGAGGAGGGCGCCCGCUCGCAGAUGAGGAUCUUCAUGAUCAACCAAAGAGAAGAAGAGCAAGAAAGCAUAAAUCCAAGAAAAGUUUUAAAAAUCCCAAUAAUGAUCAUGCAGAACAAGCAGAAUUAAAGAAACAGCAGAGUCUUUCACAAGAAAAACUGCAGCCACGGCCCACAGAUGGCCCCACAAUCAGUAAAAAUAAAAAGAGGAAACUGAAGAAGAAGCAGCAGAUGAAGAGGAAGAAAGCUGCCGGCUUACUGACCACAGCCUCUGGCCGCAACUUCAUGUACCAGCCUGAGGAGGGCGACAGCGAGCAAGAAGCCCUGAGAGAGAGUGACGGGGAGGACGCGGAGGAUCACCGGGAGGAUGCUGCAGACGCCCUCGGGGAGGACAGUGCAGACGCCCGCGGGGAGGACGGUGCAGACACCAAUGAGGAAGACCUUAAAAGUACCAAUGAAAAGGCAGAUGAUAUCCUAAGGUUUCUAAAGUCAACACAAGAAAUUUACUUUUAUGAUGGUGCCUCCAAGGAUGAUGCAGACUGUGCUGUGUCCGUGGAAGCCAGUCAGGAGCUGUUCCAGCAUCUCGAGGCUCACAGCAUGUCCCCCUCUGAUGUGCGCCUUGUGCAUCACAUGAAAACGCUGUUACUCGUGCGAGACACCGAGAGCCUGCAGCACGCCCUGGAGAGGCUCCCAGCAUGUUGCGCCAUGCCGCCCGACCACGCCAGAGUGCUCUCAGCUUUCUUUAACUACUGGGUCACACACAUCCUUCCGGAGAAACACAGUGAACAAGUCGGUGCAUCCAAGAAGAGCCAACAUUUAGCAAGAAAAUAUAAAACGGCAAACAUGCGAUCGGCAGAGACGUGAUUUGUACAGAGAAGACAGAAUUGCUAAAUUUUCUUUGUAACCUGAAUCCCAGGAACUUUGAAAGUAUCUCUGCCGUGUUAUUUAUUUAUGUGUUGUACACAAUGGGCAACAUGCAGUCAGACUUUGAGAAACUGGGAUAAAAUGGAACAUUUUCAAUUAUCAGAAAUUGCUUAUGUCUCAGAUUACUACACAGUGAUCCUGUUUUUCUGAUUCUUGUAAAAAUUGAAAAUGGACAUUCUGUUAAAUUUAAUAAACUGUGUAGUUUGAAGUUGUUAUAUAUUUUUGUAAAGUAAUAUAACCUUGUAUUUGAAAGUCUCUGUUUUAAGAACACUUUAUGGACAUUAAAUGUUCUGGUUUAGGUCA